ACGUGAUCAGUAAACUUUGGACCGGACUUUUUUCCUCCAUCGUCGUUUUGUUGUUCGGCUGGCAAGAAGUACAGAUGGCCUUCGUGCUAAGACGCUGUCUCUCUACCUCUGCCGGGUGUGCACUGUGCAGGGGACGCGAAAGUUCAUCAUGGCCAUCCCAGCGCCGCUCAACAACGUGGCCGUAUUGGAGACACCUGAACUGCAGCAGCUGGCACGAAAGGCCCAGGGACCGUGGACUGAGCUCUCCAACGAAGAGGCCGUGGAACUGUACAGAGCGCAGUUCCCGCUGUCGCUUAGGGAGAUUCACGAGGACACCAAGAGUGACAUGAAGACAGUGCUGCCUGCGGUGAUCCUACUGAUGGCCCUCAGUGUGUGGGGCGCCUCCUUCCUCAGAAAUACCAUCGGACCAGAGCAACCACACACCUUCAACAACCCAGAGUGGGACGCCGCCACCAGAGAGAAGCUGAUCAAGUACAAGGCAAACCCCAUUGAAGGCAUUUCCAGUGGUCUUCAGAACUAGCCACCUCUGUUGUCCUAUUAGCUGAACCUUGGCACUAUGCACACUAGUCUUGUUAUAGCUGUAUAUCUAUGGUGGUACCAUCCCAGCUCUAUGUAGGUACAUGUGUAUGUGUAUGGCAUGUUCUGGCAGAAAAGAAGCAAUUUGGCCACGUUUAAGAGGUACA